UCUGACACCUGUCACACAAGAAGAAGACACAGCACUCGCAGCUACUCUGAGUAGAGCUGUGUCCAUCAGAUUUGAGAGUAUGUGGUUCACAUUUGUUCUACUUCAACUUCUGCCUUUGCUCACCCUCGGUGCCCGUUGUCCCGAUGGGUGCAUUUGUGACAUUAGGGGUUCUGCAGAAUGCACUGGGGACAUUACUGACAUACCCCCUCUCAACCCAGCUGCAACCGUCCUACUCCUGCUAAACGACACAAACAUAAAGGUCCUCAAAGACAGAAGUUUUCAGCCGUUCUCUCUUCUGAUACGACUGAUGAUCACGCAUAGCGCUCUUGACAUCAUCCAACCAGAAGCCUUCCAUGGUGCUCCACAGCUUCGGUCCAUCAAGCUCUCUUUCCCACCCAAGGUGUUUCAUGAGUUGAGUAACUUGGAGGAGCUGCAGCUAGACGGUAACCGAAUAGCUUCCAUUAGUUCAGAACUCUUUGAGGCGGUGGUCAACCUAACCGAACUAAAUCUGAGCAAGAACCGCCUUUCACAGCUGGACGCCGACGUCUUCCAGAGAUUGACCAAGCUGAAUUACCUAAACUUAGCUGAUAACCAACUGAGGAACCUCCCGAAGACCCUUUUCCACAACCUCCGGCAACUCAAAUCUCUGGUGCUCUCGUCCAACAAGUUGGAGACUCUAGAAAGUGGUUCCUUUGACCAUUUAAGCAACCUGUUGGUGCUAAUGCUACAGAAGAACCAGAUCCGAGAGAUUCCUCCACGUCUUUUCUGGCACUUGCCUUCCCUGCUCACCCUUUCAAUGUCGGGCAACCAACUCCAGUAUAUUCCAGCCAAGAGCUUCUACUACUUACCCAACCUGACCAAGCUAACCCUCUACAAGAACCCCUUGAUAUCUCUACCUUACCAGCUAAUGGGACACAUGCCGAGACUCCAAGAUCUGUAUCUCUAUGAAACCAAUCUAUCCACUGUCCCUUGGAACCUUUUUGCUAACAUGACCAACCUACGGACUCUCAAUUUAUACAUCAACAACAAGUUGACCUCGCUACCAAAAAGCCUCUUCUGUUGCCUGCUCAACCUGAAGAAACUGUCUCUGAGGAACAACAACCUUCGGGAACUGGACCCAGAGCUUUUCUCCAACUUGAAUAGCCUUCAAAUUCUGAUGCUUAAUGAGAACAAGCUUGAGUCUCUCCCAUCGGCAAUCUUCGGCAACACCUCCAGACUUGAAAUUCUAGACCUGAACCACAACCAUCUGAGGUAUCUCCCAGGAGAUGUUUUUGCACACCUAAUGGUGCUAAAGGACCUCUCUCUUAGCGGCAACAAAUGGAAUUGCAGUUGUAGCAUUAUGGGUAUCGCAAAAUGGAUUCGUGAAAACCCGAAACUAAUCAGUGACUUGGACAAAGGAGUCACAUGCUAUGAACCGUAUCGCUUAGAAAACCAUCCUCUACAAACUCUGACUUACGCAGAACUCCACUGUGGUGUUUUCCAGACAACAUAUAUUGGUUAAAAUGCCAUUACCAAUAGAGAAAGUUUAAAAAGCCUCUCUUCAGUUAUCAGCAAACUGUUUUACCUUGUAGUGCAUAUUGCAACUGGUCAAAUUCCACUUCCUAUUUAUGAGGAAUAUUUUGCAUUUUUCAAAUUUUACACAACAAAUCUGAAUACACAUUAUGUUUAGCACAGCAGCUUUUGCGACGAGUUUUAAAAGAUAUAUCAUCAUUUUCAGAAGCAUUCAUUUCUGCAGCCAUUAACAAUUAAUUGUUGUUUCUAUUCAAAUAGCCUUCACAUGUUUUCCAUUCUGCAAUUUCCACAUUCCAGUGUUUUACCAUCACAAAACUGAUAAGGACACACCCUUGGUGGUUGUUUGCACAGUUUAAGACCAAAUAAAAUGUUUGUGCCUU